GUCGCCAGAGCGCACCAGCAUCUCCACACUCCGGCGCGCGCAGGGAAAUGUUUCCCUGAAAACAGACUUGACUGCAGACCACGGUGAGAAGUGACGGGGCCGCGGUAACACCCCUUCUUCUUCGGCGCCACCUUCGUCGUUUAUCCUCAGACAGAGUCGCUGGCCGUGGAUGUAUCGAUGAUUCUCGCCGGGAAAGUCUCCACCGUCCCGCUGCUGUUGCUGCUCGCAGCGCACGGCUGCCUUUCAUCCAAAUCAGAAGAUCGGUUAUUCCGCCGGCUGUUCCGGAGGUAUAAUCAGUUCAUCCGUCCAGUGGAGAAUGUUUCGGAUCCAGUUACAGUGGCGUUUGAGCUGUCCAUGUCUCAGCUGGUCAAAGUGGACGAGGUGAAUCAAAUCAUGGAAACCAAUCUGUGGCUGCGACAUGUCUGGAAUGACUACAAAUUAAAGUGGAUGCCCAUUGAGUAUGAUGGAAUCGAGUUCAUCCGAGUUCCGUCGAAUAAGAUUUGGAGGCCGGACAUUGUUUUGUACAACAACGCGGUUGGAGAUUUUCUGGUGGAAGACAAGACGAAAGCUUUGCUGAAGUUCGAUGGCACCAUCACUUGGAUCCCACCUGCAAUUUUCAAGUCUUCAUGCCCCAUGGAUAUCACCUACUUCCCUUUCGACUACCAGAACUGCUCCAUGAAGUUUGGCUCCUGGACUUACGACAAGGCCAAGAUCGACCUGGUGCUCAUUGGAUCUAAGGUGAACUUGAAAGACUUCUGGGAGAGUGGGGAGUGGGAGAUCAUCGAUGCUCCCGGUUACAAACACGACAUCAAGUACAACUGCUGCGAAGAGAUCUACACGGACAUCACCUACUCCUUCUACAUCCGCCGGCUGCCGCUCUUCUACACCAUCAACCUCAUCAUCCCCUGCCUCCUCAUCUCCUUCCUCACCGUGCUGGUGUUCUACCUGCCGUCCGACUGUGGAGAGAAGGUCACUCUCUGCAUCUCCGUCUUGCUGUCGCUUACCGUGUUCCUGCUGGUCAUCACCGAGACCAUUCCCUCGACCUCUCUGGUCAUUCCGCUCAUCGGAGAAUAUCUGCUCUUCACCAUGAUUUUCGUCACGCUCAGUAUUGUCAUCACUGUCUUUGUGCUCAACGUGCACUAUCGCACUCCAAUGACUCACACGAUGCCUGAGUGGGUGCGCUCUGUGUUCCUCGGGGUCCUGCCCAGGGUAAUGCUGAUGAGAAGGCCCAUUGACCAGGGCUGCUCCUCCUCCCCCAGCCUGACCGCUGGGACCGUACUAGUUGGAGGCGGCAGCUUGGCCAACAGGAAGAGAAACAACAGCCUGGGAAGUGGAUCAGGAAGCGUGAGCGUCGGAGGCAUCACAGGAGGCGUAGCGAUCCCUCCCCUGAACGAAAGUGGAGGAGGUGCCCCUUCUGGAGGUGGCUCCAUGAACUGUGUGGAGUACGGUGAUAAAAACCGGGACUUGAAACGGCAUAUUAACAGAAGGUACCCGUACAGAGGAAAAGAAGUCCCGACCCCCGUCCCGCCGCCAAUGGUGCCCUCUCCUUCUCAGGCCCCGAAGACUCAGGUGCCCGCUGAAUCAGAGAUGCCCAAAGUGAUGAGGCCUCUUAACACCCCAUCUCCGGUGAAUGCUGUGGUGGCAUUCUCAGUGGUUUCACCGGAGAUCAAGCAGGCCAUCGAGAGUGUGAAGUACAUUGCGGAGAACAUGAGGACCCGCAACAAAGCCAAAGAGGUAGAAGACGACUGGAAGUAUGUAGCGAUGGUCAUCGACAGAAUCUUCUUGUGGGUCUUCGUGACGGUGUGUGUGCUCGGAACUCUGGGACUUUUCCUGCAGCCUCUCAUCAGCUUCUUAAAAUGAGUGACUUUACCCCCCAUUUUUUCUUUCUUUUAACCACUAGGGUCUGUGAAUUAUCCCUCCUCAGCUGUUUCACACCGAAAACCGGACUCGCUUUUAUUUCAGCACAAGCCUUCGUGUUGCUGCGCUUGCCCUCUUGUGCAGGAUUCAUCAGCCUUGACGUUUCCUCGCUUAGCCAGAUUUACUCAAUCAUCCGUUGCCUUAUUCUUCAAUAUUCAUGCAAAGCUGUUAUCUAUUCUCCUCCUUUCUGUCCCUUUGUUCCGCACUUCACCCUCCCUCGGUGCAACCUUCAACUGUUGACUCUGUCGCCAUGACCUCUCUCUUUGUUUCCCUUCUCUUUGUGUGUUAAAGAAAGAAAAAAGUCCACUCAGCCUUUAUCAAUGUACAGACAAAUAAUUCAGCAGUGUGAAUAAAUGAAUUAUAUUAAAGAGGAAAAAAUGUCUCAGGGGCAGGUAUUGAUGUUAUUGUCAUUAGCUUGUACUCAUGAAGGUAUCUAGUAUGAGUUGCUUCAUAAAACCUUAGCAGUGUUUUUUUAUUUAUUUAUUUGAAAUGUCUUUUUAAUCACCUUUGAGAAAAUCUCAGUAUAUUUAAUGGUCGCUCUGCAUUAUGCUUCAUGAGAUAAAGUGACUAGAGUGCAACUGUGAUGUCAUGGGAUGGGUUUAGGAAGCAUGUGGCAUAAAUACAAAGCUCUUUGUUGUGUCUUACUGAGGGUGACAUUGUGUCAUAACAUUGUAUUCUGCUGAUUUGUUAACCAUCUUUUCUUUUUGAUCAAUGACAUGGUGUCAAACAAAGCACAGAUUUAAGUAAAGUUCCAGCUCACACACAACAUAUAGCCAUGGUUGUUUACAGCAAAUAAAUACAACAUAAACAUAAUUAACUCAUGAAUGGUGGGUAAAAUAACAUUUUUUGCAAAAUAUAUGCAAAUAACGUUUUAUCCAUCAGAUGCAUUCCCUUUCAUAUACAGUAAUAUGUGAAAUUAAUAUUGUUAUUUGCACAAAUUGUGUCACAAUUAAUCAAUAAAAAAGGGGUUAUUCUCAUGUAACAAGUAUUUACCUGGCACAAUUUACCAAGCACAAUUUAAUGAAUAAUAUCAUUUACUCAUUGGUCAUCCAUGAACUGUGGUAAUGUAUGUGAGUUGUUACAGAUGAGUGAUGCUAACACCAUCUAUGGCUGAACUGUAGCCACAGAAUCUCCAACAAAAAUGGCACCUGUUGUAAAAGAGAACGUAGAGAACCAGUUUGACCUGCACA